AUGCCGUCAGAGUCGUUCGACGACGGGUCGGCGGGAUCACACCGAGGUCAGGAUCGUAGCGAUUCCUUGGCUCAGAGUUGGAGUGACAGUCGAAGCACGAGGAGCAACUACAUCCCUACUAGAAACUCAGAGGUGGCGCGUCUCUUUUUGGAGGACGACUCCAACAGCGGCAGCGACGCAGCGAGCGACGAACACUCUGAACACGACGACGACCAUUCCAGUCUAUACUCAGAUUUCUCCUCGAAUCGCCACGAAAAUGAUAGGAUUGUCGAGAGCCUCCAAGUGGACACCCAGCAACAGUGGUAUUCCAGUCGUACUACUGGUACUACCGGUAGUACAUGGGGGAGUGGUAGUGAUCACAGCUCUCGCAGCAACUUUCCGUCUCGGGUAGUGGAUUUGAGACAAGUGGAUCAGACUAUCAACCUUAUGGACGUCGAAGCAGCAAGCUACAUGCACGAAAGCAGUAGUAGCUCUAUGCGUGUUUAUCGCAGUGGCCGAGGCUCUCCCAAGCGCGGCAAGAAGAAGCCAAAAAGCAAACACAACCGAAAAAUCAACCGAGAUCACAAGACAGAAGGCAGCUGCAAUUUCCGAAAGUGCCUCUAUCGAUGCAUGGCAGCUGCCCUCCUUGCGACAGUUAUAUUCUUGCUUACUUGGGCUCACUUGCAGCGUUCCCUGGGUGAACGAAGGAAGUUUGAUACAGACAACGACGACACGUUCAGGGAAGGUGCCACUGCAGCGCCUUCAGUUUCUCCAGAUACAGAUGCAUCUACCACUGUUCCAAGUCUCGCUCCAGCAACCCCUUUACCUACUACCGUUCCAAGUGGCAAGCCCAGGUCAACAGAACCGACCCAAGACGCUACAGACUUGCAAGAAACAGAUCCAACACAAGAGGUUCAUCCAGAAACGGAACCAUAUCUGACAGACUCAGAACAACCACAUCAGCAAGCACAGUCACCAUCAUCACAGCAGCAGAUCAUACGAGUACGUAGGCAACAAAUACUGGACGCAGCGCUGGCCAAACAUCGCUUUGACACCACUAUGCCAUCGCCGCACGCCCAACAAGCUCGCGAAUGGUUGGUUACCCAAGAUGACAAUUCACUGUUGGAUGAUAGUAUUACUCAAGAAGAAACAACAGACCUGGAAACUGAUCAACUGGAAAUAAUGAAUACUGCAGAGAUUGCGCAAAGAUUCGUCUUGGCGUCGCUAUUCUUUGCUACGCGUCCGAACUGGGCCGUGCAAACGAUGAGUGCAACCAAUCCUUCCCCUGACGAGAGACAUGGUCAAUCCGCACAAGAGAAGGGAGAGAAACCAACCACGAGGCGUCUACAGGAUGAUGCAAAGGAAGUGACGCCUUCAACAAACUGUAAUCUUAACGGCACGCUGCCUCAAGCCGAGCUUGCCUGGCUGUUGCUGCGUGACAAGCUUCUUACACUGGAUCUCAGUCACAACAAUCUCCAUGGUCAACUGCCACAGUUGGGGUCAUUUAUGCAGAGUUAUGAUGACAAAGACGAUGCUGAAGACGAUUCCAAAGAUGACGAUGACGGGGACAAUGAUGACGAUGAUGACGCCGGAAUCGCACAAGAGUCAUCUCAAUGCUACCUGGAACUGUUCUAUGCCAAAAACAAUUCUCUGUCGGGGACGUUGCCAGAAGACUACUUGGUUUUCUGUCAGGAGUUGUAUCAUCUAGACUUGUCCGACAAUCGCUUUGUCGGCUCAAUUCCGAAACAGAUCAAGCAAAUGCCUCAUUUACGGCAGUUAAGCCUGCAGGGGAAUUCCUUCGAGGGCAGGCUGCCAGACAUGCCACCGAGACUGACUGAUCUGCGCUGUUCCAACAACAAGUUGAACGGAAGAUUGCCAACUGGUCUCACAGAAUUGAUUCAUCUCGAAAACUUGGAGUUGGGGUCCAACAGAUUCAGUGGAACUUUGGACUCUGAUAUACUGCAACGAUUGGACAAGCUCGCCAAAAUCGAUCUACACAACAACUCACUCUCCGGCAGCAUUGGAUUCGCAACUUCGCCGCCUAGUCUAGUCCAUUUCAUUGGAGACCACAACAGCUUUACUGGGACUAUCCCAGAUUUCAAGAGCAAUUUGCAGAGUCUCAUUGUCCACUCAAAUAAAUUACAGGGAUCGCUGCCGGAUUUAGGCCAUCUGACUCUCCUCGAGGAACUCUGGUUAGCGCAUAAUCCCUUGGUUGGAACCAUCCCCCCGACCGUAGCGAACCUGAGGCGUUUAAAAAUGGCGAUCUUGCAUGAUACUGAACUCUCUGGCUCCAUCCCUGCUUCGUCGUUGGAAGAAAUGAAGCAUUUGGAAUACCUCAAACUUCACAACAAUCCUCGUUUACACGGGACGAUCUCCAGUGGUCUAUGCAAUUUGAAACACCUGGCCAACCUCAACUACGUCUCGGCUGACUGCAAUUCCAGAGUAGAGUGUCCAUGUUGCGACCGAUGUUAUUAG